CUUCAUCACGUCUCCAAGCGUAGCCCUGGGUCGACCUGCGCCGGUUCUACCAGGUCGCAGCAUGGACGAGCUGACGCAGGCGCCGAAGAGUCACAGAGGAACGGAUCCUGACGCCUCGGGUUCUUCCUGUGUGACCUUGGCCGUGGUGACGGUCAGACAAGAGGACAGCCUCUCCAGCCAAAUCCUGGGGCACUUCAAUGUGGGGAGCCAACUCAAGGUGCUUCAGCUGUCCAAUGCCAAACCAGGAGAACUCCUCCGAGCAGAAGUGAAGUCUGCUUCAAUGCAAGGCUGGAUCACUGUUCGCAAUACCGGGGGCCAAGCGCUUGUUGGCAUGGAGGCCAACAAGGUGAGCCGUUCCACUCGCUUGGAAGAUGUGAUGAAGGGAUCACAGCUGGAGACCCUUCGCUUGAUGACCCUUCGUGCAGGGGAGGCCUUGAGCAGUGAAUGCGUGGGGCAGCUGCCACCGCACACGAGGAUCACCGUUCUGGAGGUGCUGGCGGAGCCCCAAGGAGCUCUGAGGCGAGCGAAGAUUUCGACACUGGAGUCUUCACAGUGCGUGACGCAGAAGAUGGGUCGAACGGUUUCAACCAGAUGCAAGACCAGCCAACUUGUGCGGAAUUGUGCAAUCUGUCCAAGUGCUCGGCCAUUUGUCAAGAGUAGGCGCUGAAACAAAACGGGAGCUUCGGCUUAUUCCUUCAAUUCAAAUGUGGAGUAUCCAAAACUGCCCAGCUUUGCUAAUCUCUGCCUUGUGAUUCCUCCAUAUUCAUCCACUCUUCAGGGUGCUUUUUCGUUUUUCAAAGAAAUUGGCGGGCAAUUUUUCAGGCCCAAAGAAGGGAGGAUGGA